AUCUAUAAAUCAGAUUCUGUCUGGACUUGAAUUUAAUAAUUUAUAUUGUCAAUUAACUAUUAAGUUGUAUUUGUAUAUUAUAGUAUAUGAUAAUACUAUAAUACAUUUGAGACUUGAGUAGUGCUUUGUGCUACAUUAGUGAGUACCUUUAUGCAUUAUUGAAAUUAUUUAAAAUAAAUCAAAAUUAUCAAUAAUACAUCACAUCAAACUUGAAAAGUGAGAAAAAACUAUUCACAUAUAUUAGUCAGUUUUUCUGCAGCUGUUUUAACGUACCUAUAGCAACAAUAAAAUGGUGACUUCUAUUACUUCAGAUACAGAAUUUGACGCCUUAAAAUCAAAUGGGUUGUCUGUUAUACAUUUUUAUGCCGAUUGGUCAGAACCAUGCCAGCACAUGAACAGCAUUCUAGCGGAUUUAGCUUUAGAAGAUGAAUUCCGGAACAUUAAAAUUGCUAAGUGUUUAGCUGAAGAUUUUGCUGAAAUAUCAUUAAAAUAUAAUGUAUCUGCUGUACCAAAGUUUAUAAUGUUUCGUAAUGGUGUUCAAGUUGAUGUAUUAGAUGGUGCUGAUCCAAUACAGCUAAAUAAAAAAAUCCAAGCACUGCUGACUAAAGGUGAAAAAACAGAUCAAAAGGUGGAAGACAUAAAUUUGAGACUGAAAUCAUUGGUAAAUUCUGCUCCCGUCUUGCUUUUUAUGAAAGGAUCAAAAUCUGAGCCAAAAUGUAAGUUCAGUACUGCAAUUGUAAAUUUACUUAACGAUAUUGGUGCCGAAUUUAGUACAUUUGAUAUACUACAAGAUCAAGUUGUUCGAGAAAAAUUGAAAAUAUUUUCCAAUUGGCCAACUUAUCCACAGCUUUAUAUCAACGGUGAAUUGAUUGGAGGAUUAGACAUUGUGAAAGAAUUGAAAGAGAAUGGUGAGCUGAACGAUCUAUUAAAACUAGAGAACAAUAAAGCUAACCUCAACGACAGGCUUAAAUUACUUACGCAUAAAGCUGAUGUUAUGGCAUUUAUUAAAGGCAACAAACAAGUGGCUCGGUGUGGAUUUAGUAAUCAGUUGAUUCAAAUAUUAAACCAAACAGGUAUUGAUUAUGAAACAUUUGACAUUUUGUCUGAUGAAGAAGUUCGACAAGGAUUAAAAGUUUAUUCUGAUUGGCCAACAUAUCCACAAGUUUACGUAAAAGGAUCAUUGAUUGGAGGUUUGGAUAUAAUUAAAGAAUUGAAAGAAGGCGGAGAGUUAAUAGCUACUCUUAAAGGAGAAAUAUAAAAAAACAAAAAAUAGUUGUAACUAUUUUUUUUCAAUUAAUUAAUGUAUUAAUUGGUGUAGUUUAAAAUAAUUUGGCAUAGAAGUAUCAAAAUAAACAGACUACUGCAGUUGCAAGGAAAAUAUUGUAAUGGUAUUUAAAAUAUUUAUAAAAUGAUAUGAUAUGUAUUUACUAUUAAUAAAUGUAUUUAAUGCCAAA